AUGGACAUUCUCGAAUUAAUCCAUAGCGAGGGCCACCAACAUGAUUCGAGACCGUUCCGCUGCGCUUGGGACAACUGUGGCAAGGCUUUCUCGCGCCGCUCCGACCUUGCUCGCCAUGGUCGCAUCCACACCAACGAGAGACCAUUUAUCUGCCAAGAGCCUGGUUGCACAAAGUCCUUCAUCCAGCGUUCAGCUCUGACUGUCCACCAGCGCACCCAUUCUGGCGAGCGUCCCCAUAUGUGCGAGCAGCCCGACUGCCAGAAACGAUUCAGUGACAGCAGCUCCCUGGCCCGCCAUCGCCGCAUCCAUACCGGCAAGCGCCCUUACAAGUGCAGCAUUGACGGCUGCGGUAAAAGUUUCUGCCGCAAGACUACCCUGACCAAGCACCACCGAAAAGAGCAUGCCGUGAUCCGGCGCCCUGCUCUCUGGCGCGGUGAAAUGGGCGAUGCACCACUCAUGGAUGGAAACAUGGGUCACCCCCUCCACGUCCAGAUCCCUCACUAUCAAAACAUGUCGCCUGUUCACACGCCACCCCAUGAGGGCUCUCCCAUGUCGCCUCUGUCGCCCUUGACUCCCAUCACCCCAAUGGCCCAAAUGCACCUUUCGAUGGACCCCCUCGCACACUUUCACCCUGUGCUUCAAAUCGAUCAGGCCCCCAUGAAGGAGCACCCAGCUCACAUGCACCACCAGCAGCAGCACCAUCACCACAACCAGCACCCACAUCACCAGCAACAUCAUCAGCACUCACACACUCAGUACAUCAAACAAGAAGAGUUUGAGCAGUACCCCGGCCAGCUCCAUGCGCGCCCGCACCUUCAGACGCAGCCCCUCGGCCCCAGCUAUCAAAACUUUCUGAGCCAUCUUGGCCCCAACUCCGAGCUGAACGCACCCGUCGAGCAAUUCUACCCAUCGUACUACUAA